GGAAGGGACAUGUGGGAUUGUUCCCGGCGGGCGAUUGCACUUUCGGUCUCUAUGAUCAUUUUGACAUUCUGCUACUCUCGUUGCCGUGACGUUGUUUCAUUUAUCGACGUCAAUACUGCCAACCGGUGACACGAACUUGAGAAGUUGGUAGCACAAGCGCGUGCAUUGAAUCUCAGAGUGAAGAUGAAUGCACAAAGACUGGGUUUGUCGGCACUGCGCCAAGGCGCCAAGCCCAAUGUCUUCUUCUCAAACAACGUUCAGCGUCUGGCAGUGACUCUAAUGCAAACACGCCCAGUAACUACAUCAAAGCUCAGCGAGGCCGACGCCCAAUCUCUCCUAGCACAGCAGCGACGCCAACGACCCGUAUCACCCCAUCUCGAAAUCUACGAUAAGUCCCAGACAUACUACGGCGCCUCAAUCGGCACUCGUAUCAGCGGGUCCAUCUUUUCCGGUGGCUUCUACGUCUUCGCUACCGCAUACCUCGUCGCUCCUCUGUUCGGCUGGCAUCUCGAGUCCGCCUCUCUGGCCGCAGCAGUCGGUGCUCUCCCCAUAGCGGUUAAGGGCGGUCUUAAGUUCCUCAUCUCAUGGCCAUUCGUGUUCCACGCCAUCAAUGGCAUCAGGCAUUUGGUGUGGGACUUCGCCCGGGGGUUCUCGAAGCCGGCUAUCAUGAAGGGUGGAUACGCCAUCGCUGGCGCGAGUACGGUUGGUGCGCUGGCACUGGCCUUCCUGUUGUAAAUUUAGUUAAUGGGCGAUGAUGAGGAUGUUGGGCGCCAUGGCGGAAACCAGGAGGGCAAGAAUGGAGAACGCAGCAGAAUUCGGGAUGACCCAACUGAUGUUUACGCAUGAUUAUAUACAUCACUGUAGCAAUAUAAAAUUUCUUUGUUCUAUUCAUCA